UCCAUCAUCAGUGGGACUUGGUAUGUGACAGAGCUUGGCUAUGUCAAGUUAUUCAAUCGACUUACAUGGCUGGAGUUUUGGCAGGUUGCGUCGUUUACGGACACCUUUCGGACAGAAUCGGGAGAAGAGCAGUGAUUCUUCUCGGAACUGUACAACUGAUAUCAAGUUCUCUCUUGACGACAUUCACUGAGAGCAUGACGUUGUUCAUCUUGUUGCGAUUUUUGGUCGCAAUGGGAACCAAUGCGCAAUUCACUGUUGCCUUCGUCCUCGUGAUGGAAAUAAUUGGCGGGCGGAAGAGGACCGUGAUGGGAAUUGCAUACGAGUAUCCGUUUUCUUUGGGCUUCAUGACCCUGCCAGGAAUCGCGUAUUUGAUUUCGGAUUGGCGUUAUUUGCAACUAGCGAUUUCUUUGCCAAUAGUUUUUCUCCUUGUUUAUUAC